AUGCAGUUUCGGCAGGAUGCAGUGAAAAGCCCGCAGCGGCCCCUUCUCCGCGUCGCCUCGGGGGGGCGGGACUUCCGGCCGGCGCUGAUCGGCUUCCGGCGGAGGGUUCCGGAGGUGUGGCUGCCCGCGGACGUUCUCAGCCGUUCAGCCCUGAUCUGGCGGGGCUCGGACGCGUGGAUCCAGGCGGUGGGAGCGGUCUGCGAUGUCAGGGUGGGAAGGCUGCACAAAGGAGGCGACGCCCCAGCCCGGUGCUCAGGAUGGAAGAUCAAUGCGAGGACAUUCCCAGUCGGAAACAGCCAAGGCAAAGACUCACAGAGUCCUUUAUGCUGCACGCCUUCAUUCCUGGUGCCUCUCGUCUCUUCUCCAGUCCUGCUGAAGCUGCUCCUUAGCCCAGGCCCUAUACAGCAGCCAGCAUUGUUUCCAGAGGCAGCAGCAUUUGAAGAUAUGACCAAAGAUUGGAAUUAUUUAGAAGCCUCUCAAAAGGAUUACUACAGGGACACAAUGCUGGACAGUUAUGAGAACAUUGUCCCACAGGGAUCCUUCUUACAGUUCUCCAUGAUGCCUCAGAGAGCUGGAAAUGAUCCACCUGGGGCUUCAAAUGCAAGUGAAAUGGAAAUGGAGAUAAGUAACAUGAGAGAAAAGUUUCUUAUGAGUGUAACAAAGUUAGUAGAAAGCAAAAGUUACAACAGCAAGGUAUUUUCCAAAGAAAAGUACUUUCAAACAAUAAAGGAAGUUAAAGAAGCUAAAGAAAAAGGGAAGAAGUCAUCACGUGAUUAUCGCCGUGCUGCAAAAUACGAUGUGAUCUCUGUGCAGGGCACAGAGAAAUUGAUAGAGGCUACUCAUGGAGAACGAGAUCGAAUACGGUAUUAUGUGCAUAAAGAAGAAUUGUUUGAUAUUCUGCAUGACACACAUCUCAGAAUUGGACAUGGUGGGCGGACACGCAUGCUCAAGGAGCUGCAGGGAAAAUACGGGAAUGUCACCAAAGAAGUUAUUGUCUUAUAUCUGACUCUGUGUAAACAGUGCCAUCAGAAGAACCCAGUACCCAAGAGAGGCCUUGCGCCCAAGCCCAUGACUUUUAAGGACAUAGACUCCACAUGCCAAGUUGAAAUACUUGACAUGCAGUCAAGUGCCGAUGGUGAGUUCAAGUUCAUUUUAUACUACCAAGACCACUUGACCAAGUUUAUUAUUUUACGGCCAUUAAAAAGCAAACAGACCCAUGAGGUGGUGAGUGUUUUGUUAGAUAUUUUCACAAUUCUUGGUACACCCAGUGUGUUAGACUCCGACAGUGGCAUUGAGUUCACAAACCCGGUUGUUCGUGAGCUCAAUGAGUUGUGGCCAGACCUAAGGAUUGUGUCCGGUAAGCACCACCCUGGCCACAUCCAGGGCUCCCUGGAAGGAGCAAGCCAUGAUAUAAAGAACAUGAUAAGUGCCUGGAUGCAGAGUAACUACUCACGUCACUGGGCCAAAGGCCUCCGAUUCGUGCAGAUGGUGAGGAAUCAGGCUUUCGACGUUUCCUUGCAGCAAAGUCCAUUUGAGGCAAUGUUUGGUUGUAAAGCGAAAUUUGGGCUAUAUUCCUCAAACUUGCCUCGGGAAACUGUGGCUACUUUACAAACAGAAGAAGAGCUAGAAAUUGCUGAAGAACAGCUAGAAAAUAGCCUUUGGAUCAGGCAGGAAGAAAGGGCUGAGAUUGGAGCAGACAGAUCUGAUAUGGAUGAUGACAUUGAUCCUACUCCUGAAGCUACAGAACCCAGCACCUCACAAGGGGCUUCCGGCCUCCUCUGCUGGUGAACAGAUGCCUGCUGGGCAGGGACCGUCACACACAGGUGUGUCUCUGAGCAUUAGAGUCAUCUGAGAACUGUUGCCAGAGGCCCCAGGGGAAAGGAUUGAAGACCCCACUCUCAGGUCAAGUUGUACAUGGCAGUCAUUUCUCAAAAAGGGAAAACUU